UUUGUAUGCAUGGACUCUCUCAAACUAUCUAUAAAUGAUGACAAGUGAAUAUAAUUAAUAAAAGAUCUUAUCUCUUUUAAUUUGCUAGGAAUUGAAAAUGGUUGGCUCUAAGCCAUUGAUUGUGCUAAGCUUUCUCCUUUUGACUUGCAUAUCAUUAUCCCAUUCCGAUGUUGUUCCAUGCCCUCCGGCGCCGGCCAAGUGCCCGAAAGACACGCUGAAGUUUGGGGUUUGCGGCGACUGGUUGGGGCUGGUUCACGAGGUGGUCGGAGCGCCGCCGAGCAGCGGCGAGUGCUGCACUGUGUUGAAAGGAGUGGCGGAGCUUGAAGCGGCGGUGUGUCUAUGCACCGCCAUUAAAGCGGAGGUUUUGGGUGCGUUGAAGAUGGAGAUUCCGGUGGCUAUAAGUUUGGUGCUUAAUUCUUGUGGCAAGAAGGUGCCCGAUGGGUUUGUAUGUUAAUGCAUGCAUAUAUAUAUGCCACUCCGAUCCUUUUCAAUUCUUUAAUUUGCUUCAAUUGGUUAUUCCCAUGUAUUAAUUGGUUUGAGUUUGAUGUUUAAGUUGUUGUGAAAGAGGUUUGAGAUUGGAGAAAUGUGUGUUAUUGUUAUUAGCUUUUUUUUUAAUGCAAAUUUGUGGUAUUGUGAAUUUUUAGGGACCUUGUGCAGAAUUCAAGGUGGAGAGGAAAUUUUGUGUUGAAAUAAAAAAUUGGACAAAAGUAAUUUUAGUGAA